AUGAGCGGGAAUCGAGUCCUUGUGUCCUAUGGAGUCAAUAUCGACGCUGUCGCCGGCUGGCUGGGUUCAUACGGGGGCGAAGACAGCGCCAAUGAUAUCAGUCGAGAUUAUGAGAGCGCAGUAGGUCUCUUCGAGGGCCACGUCGGCACCGUCCGCCUCGUCAACCUCUUCAAGAAAUACAACAUCAAAGCAACCUGGUUCAUCCCCGGCCACUCACUCGAAACCUUCCCUGGAGAGUGCGCCUUGGUUCGGGAUGCAGGCCAUGAAAUCGGACUACACGGAUACAGUCCGAGAACCCAACAGUCAUGA